AUGAUGAAGUUUGUGGUCCUAGCUGUUCUGGUUGUCGGAGUUUAUGGGUGUGGAUUGCCCACCUUCCCUCCCAUUGUAAAGAGGGUUGUAGGGGGUGAGGAUGUGCGUCCCCACAGCUGGCCCUGGCAGAUCUCUCUCCAGUACACCAGCAGUGGAAAAUGGUACCACACCUGUGGAGGAACCCUGAUCUCUAGCCAGUGGGUUCUGACUGCUGCUCACUGCAUUAGCAAUAGCAGAACUUACAGGGUUGAGCUGGGUAAACACAACCUGAAAGAGGUUGAGGACGGUUCUGUGGCCAUCCCUGCUGCCAAGAUCAUUGUCCAUGAGAAGUGGAGUUCCUUGUUCAUCCGUAAUGACAUCGCCCUGGUGAAGCUUGAGACUCCUGCUCCCAUUGGUGACACCAUCAUGCCUGCUUGUCUUCCCGAGGCUGGCUUCAUUUUGGCCCAUAAUGCUCCUUGCUACGUCACCGGCUGGGGACGCAUGAAGACUGGAGGUCCCAUUGCUGAUAUGCUGCAACAGGCUCUUCUUCCUGUGGUUGACUACGCUACCUGCACUAAGCCUGACUGGUGGGGCUCUCAGGUUAAGGACACCAUGGUCUGCGCUGGAGGAGAUGGCAUUGUUUCUGGUUGCAACGGUGAUUCUGGUGGUCCCCUGAACUGCCAGAAUACUGCUGGUGCCUGGGAGGUCCAUGGUAUUGUGAGCUUCGGCUCUGGCCUGAGCUGCAACUACCCCAAGAAGCCCACUGUCUUCACCCAAGUCAGCUCCUACAUGGACUGGAUCAGCAAAGCCAUGGCCAGCAAUUAAGGACAGCAUGGGUAUGGGUGUGGUCUCCUUGUCAUUCACAAAAAACAAUAAAACAUCUUUUUGAAA